GACUUGUUAUGUGUUUACUGAUAAACUCAUGGCUACGGGAAGGCUAAACCACAUGCGACACACAGUUCAACACGUGGGACCGCCACACCAAAGCUCACAUGGUCUCGUCCUCCCAGAAGCCUUCAGUUGGUAGCGUAGCAACAUGGCGGCCACCGGUGCCCACCUAGGGCAUUAUGUCAAGAGAAACGGCCGAUUUCUGCUUAAUAACAUCGAGCAGUUAUGGGCUUACAGGGGUUUUGGCUGGACUUCAGCUCUGCGACAACAAGCUGCAGAAGCGAAUAAAGAACCAACCGAUGCGAUUGUCAUUCCCAGGAAGAAAACAUGGAGCAAGGAGGCAGUGCUGGCAGCUCUGGCUUCAACUACCAGCAGGAGCACGUACACCCUGGCCAUGGAGUCUGGCAGAUCUGCAGCCAAAUACUUUGUCAACAAUAAUCCCAAAUUCUUUACCAAAGACUUUGCUGAACCGCAUAUACCAUGUCUGAUGCCAGAGACGGUGUCCCUGCUUCUUGAGGAGGUGAGUGAAGAAGCACUGAAGGAGCGGAUCAGCUUGAGGAAAGUUUCGGCUGCUGUUGAAAUGUAUGAUCAACUACUGCAAGCUGGCACAGCGGUUUCUAUGGAAACGUCCCAUGACCUGUUGGACCUGAUCUGUCUCUACUGUGACAGAGACCCUGUCCAGGAGGGAGAAGAGGAGAACUUGGGACAGAUAACAAUCCUGUCCUGAAACCAGCAGCACUGGCAGCUCCCAACCUGAACCUGGAGCUAGCCAGGCCAGUCAGUCAGUGUGAGCCUAGACCAGGACCCAGUCUACCACCACCAGGUCACAACAUACACAGGCAGUAAACUGCAUCUCCAGUUUAUUGAAAAGUGAACCCUCACACUGUAACAAAAGGUGAUUUUGACAGAUUAAGCCUCAUUUCAAUGUUGAUUUAGCUUGUAACAAUAGAUUAAUUUCUGUGUGAUGUUAUUUCUGUUCUAUUCAUUUUGUCUGUAUCUGUUUUUUUUACAAUGCCACUGUUAUAUAACAUUUUGUACAUUUUUGUUAAAUUUGUUGUCUUUUGUGAAAUAAACUCUCCCAAGUAUUUCACUCACUAAUCUCCUGAAUUGCUUCAGCUUUACUUGGUGAAAAUAAUUCCACUUGAUGAUGCAGAUUGUUAAUGUAAAGAGGGGGACCCAUGUCUUGCUGAUGACUAUUGUGAUCACAGUAGUGUGUGCUGGGUUGAGAUAGUUCAUCACUGUUGAUGUGUUGUAAAUGCAUUAUUUUUUGUUCAUUGCUAAAUAUUUUGUUGAAUGAUUUAAAUGAACAUGUUCAAAACAAAGCAUUAACUAAAAAAUGAUGACAUUCAAUAUUUGUAAUGAUAUGUAUAUAUUUAUCUAUCGAAGUAUGUUAAAAUAGUGUUCAGCUAUUGAAAACCAAAAAAUGUAUUUCAAUUUUUUGACACUUUUGAGUUCAUUUGAUUGGUUUUGAUGUGUGGAAGAGAAUGAUUUGUGUGUUUUAUUUAAGAUGAAAUGUGAACAGGGAUGCAUUGAUUACAAGUAUUUUAUUUAAAUAAAUGUUCAAA